AAAGAAUUGUAUGAACAAAGUAUGAACAUAAUUGUAAAUGGGUUAUAAGUGUAAAUUGCCUUUUCAACAGUGCAAUAAAGGGUGGGGAGAUAAAACCUGAACCAUGGAGCUCGCGCUUUUGCCAUGUAAGAGGAUGGUGAGAAAGGCUGGGAGAUUGCUAUCUCAGUGACGUGCAUACAAGGCAAUAUUUCAAUGCGCCAGCAGAACAGAGCAUCAAGAACAUCACCUGAAAACCACCUGAAGAUCAAAACAUCAACCAGUGAACGCCAUCACUCUGAGCAGGCAAAAGGAUUAUCAGAAGCUAUCCUAUAUGCAUUUUUAUUUUUGUGAAAUUGUCAGAAAUUUACAUAUUAUGAUACGCGCGCAAGCUCGUGGACUCCAAAAAAACUUUAAAGGGGUUUUAAAAGCGCAGGAAAAUCUCCAUAGAGUUUCUCUUCUGGGGAAUCAAUAAACCAGGAAAACAAACUGCAGAGUUGUUGUUUCUGGCGACGCGUAAACCCAAGCUGACAGCAAAGAUGAACAUCCAAAACAGCAGUGAUUUAGAGAGACCUGAGAUCAACAUAGACUUUGAUGCACCUGAAAAAUCAUUAUUCGGCAUUGGCACCGACAACUUCGUCACUCUUCUGAUUUUCGGACUCAUUUUUUCUCUGGGUGUCCUGGGAAACUCUCUGGUCAUCACCGUCCUGGCGCAACGCAAACCUGGACAGCACCGCAGCACCACCAACAUUUUCAUCCUGAACUUGAGUAUCGCAGAUCUGUCGUAUCUUCUCUUCUGCAUCCCGUUUCAGUCAACAGUCUACAUGCUGCCCACCUGGAUCCUGGGUGCCUUUAUUUGCAAGUUCAUCCACUACUUUUUCACAGUGUCCAUGUUGGUGAGCAUCUUCACUUUAUCUGCCAUGUCGGUGGACAGGUACAUCGCCAUCGUGCACUGCAGGAAGUCGUCGUCGAUCAGAGUUGCGCGGCAUGCAUUGAUCGGGGUGAUGGUUAUAUGGGUGCUGUCUUUCGCCAUGGCCACCCCUGUUGCCUAUUACCAGGGCAUCGUGGAAAGCGAGGAUAACAGUACGUUUUGCUGGGAAGUGUGGCCAGACCACAGCAGGAGGAAAAUUUAUGUGGUGUGCACAUUUGUGUUUGGAUAUGUGCUGCCGUUGAUUCUGAUAUCUUUCUGUUAUGCUAAGGUCCUCAAUCAUUUGAAUAAAAAACUGAAAAAUGUUUCCAAAAAGUCUGAAGCAUCUAAAAAGAAGACUGCUCAGACAGUGCUGGUGGUUGUGGUGGUCUUCUGCCUCUCCUGGCUGCCCCAUCACGUGGUUCAUCUCUGGGUCGAGUUCGGCUCCUUCCCCCUCAACCAGGCGUCCUUCGUGUUCCGGGUGGCCGCUCACUGUCUAGCCUACAGCAACUCUUCAGUUAACCCUGUUAUAUACGCGUUCCUCUCGGAGAACUUUAGGCAGGCGUAUAAGCAGGUUUUUCGUUGUCAGGUUACUUCUGAAUGUCCCACGAAUGAAGCCAGAGAGAUGAAGAGCAAGAUGGAGGCAGGGCCAUCCACCAAUUGCACAACCGUGUAACACCUGCGGCUGUAAUGCUUGUCAUAUUCAUGGAGAAGACAAGGACCUUGAUUCGAACUGAGCAUAAUUCAUCACUGUUUAAUGUUGGUCAAUGCGUUGGUUAUAUUAUUGGUACAUUUGAUGAAUUAAGCCUUGUGUGAUGAUGAUGAAAAUAUGCAUUUUCUCUGUGCUUACUCAUGAUGAUGUAAUUAUGGGUGUAUCAUUUGUUAGAGAUCUAAAAUAGUGAGAGUAAAAAUAGUCUGAUCUGAAAUUUUAUAUUGGUCUCCUUCAGAAUUAAAUGUAUCCAAACAAGAUUUCUGUUCAAGUUGAAUUUAAGAAGUGAUGUCACAAUCUUCCCCAAGCACCUCAGUAUAAGAUGACUCCAGCCGACCCAUCACUUGAGGAAUAUGAAAUGAACAUCAUUACGAUUAAAAUUGAUAAGUGUCCUUAACUUUGAUGGGAACUCAGAAACUCAAUCUACAUGCGUUACACUAAGUGCACACUCUGGACUGAAAAAUCCAAUCAUAAGAUGCUGAACUGCCCUAGGGUCACGAUAAGUGGUUAUGUAUAUCUGUUCAUUUAUUCACACAAGAGACAUGACAAGAUUGCUGCUGGGAUAAAUGUACCUGAAUUACUGAUAAUGGAUUAUACUGUAAGAAGGUCGUGCAGGCUGCAUUGUCACGAUCUCUCAACUCACGUGGAGGAGGGGGGUGUUAUUGAAAAAUGUACUUUAAUAUUUUAGUUGAUGACACUGACAUAUAUAAAUAUAUUUACAACUGUAUUUUAUCGUCAUGUGCUGAUGGUUUUUGUGAUGUGUAGUAAAGUUCUUUCAUGU